GCCCGAGACGCCUCCACAACGUGCCAAGUGUAAAGUUCCCCAGCCGCAAAUCGCAAUGAAGGUCCGAACGGUCUACGCCGCCGCUGCCGCGACACUGUUGGCCCUGGAAUGCUCUGCCGCUGAGGAUCGUAUCUUGUAUGGCUUGAAGCCAGAAAUCCGUGCUCAAGUUGCCUCUGCGUCGUCGCUGACAUGCGACAGCGGAACGAAAACAAUUCCCAUUCGCAGCGUCAACGACGAGUACUGUGAUUGCAUCGACGGUUCGGACGAGCCAGGCACAGCUGCAUGCUCGCACACGGCGGUCCAGUUUCACUGCGUCAACUCGGGGUUCUUUUCGAUGGACUUGCCGACAUCUCGCGUCAACGAUGGCCUCUGCGAUUGCUGUGACGGAAGCGACGAGUACAAAGCGACUACGUCGUGCCCGAAUACAUGCGCCACUCUGCGCGCCGAGCACGACAAGAAGGAGGAAGCGGCAGAGGCGGUUCGUGCAGCCGGUCGCAAUGCACGUGCCGAGGUUGUGGCGGCAUCCAAGCUCAAGAGAGAGGAGCAUUUCCGCCGACGCACGGAUUUGGAAGUCGAAAAGGCAUUGUUGACCAAGACGGUCGAGGCAGCGCGGGCCACCAAGAUUGCCGAGGAGGUGUUGGAAGUGCAAGCGCAAAAGGAAGCGGCCCAAGCAACUCGUAAGAAAGUCGCGUCGCAUCUGGGGCUCCUGGACAUGACGUCCGGCCAACUUGUCGAGUUGGUGCUGGACUUGACCAACAAAAUUUACUCGAAAACCGACAUCUUGGAUGUGAUCCGCGGCAUUCAAACAAACGAUCAGUCUGUCAUCGAGCAGCAGGAACAGGCGUACUUGCUCACGGAAGAAGCCCAUCGCAAAGAAGUCGCGCGCAUCAUGGCGCUGAACGCAGAGCUGGACAAGGCGAAAGAAGCCGCCAAGGCGGCCGCCAAGGAAGCAGCGGCUGCCGAUGGCGACGCCGACAGCGUGUCCGUUGUCGAGAUUGACGAGUCCAAGUAUGAACCGGCGCCGCUCCCAACCAAGCCCGAUCGACCGAUUAUGACGCUCUUUGCCGAACUCACAGCGGACCAAGCGUCGAACUUCCGGCCAGAGGCCGUCGCUGCUCGACAAGCGCUGUCUGCUGCCGAAUCCAAGGAGAACCAAGUCGACUCGGAGCUGUCGACUCUCGACGCGACCCUCCAAGGCGUGUACGGCCCAGAUGACGUGCUCUACAGCCUCCGCGACACCUGCGUCGAAGCCACGUCUGGCCAGUACAAGUACAAAAUGUGUUAUUUUGGCCAAGCGACGCAGGACCACAUUUCCCUCGGGUCCAUGCAACCCGUGGAAACGCCGCUGACGACGCUCAAAUUCGCGGGCGGCACCAAGUGCUGGAAUGGACCCGAGCGGUCCUUCCAGGUGUCCCUCGUGUGUGGCGAAACUACGGCGCUCGGAUCCAUCGAAGAGCCCAGCACGUGCGUGUACACGGCGGUCCUCACGACGCCCAUCGUGUGUGGCCAGGACCAGUCUCCAGCAGCGCACGAUGAAUUGUAGUGACGACAGAAGCAGGUCAUGCACUGUGAUGACGUCGUUAGAAUUUGAACUCGUACGAGCUUUUCCAGUUGCCA